AUGUCUUCAUCACCGAAAGAGCAAACACCUUUACCCAAACUAGACAGCAGCAUCUUUGACGUGGCGCCCAAGACCGAUUGGCAGAAAUCCAUCACCAAAAGGAAUGCACUUGAAUCGCCUCUCCUUCGUAUGCCCCGCGAAUUACGCGAUCUCAUCUGGACUUUUACCUUCACACAGACUAUCAGACCAGAAGCUCCCCAAAACUCUGCGUACAGCCCCCUUGUAGUAUGCCGACAACUUUACAGGGAAGCUGCUAGCCUUGCACAUACGUUCCUCAUCUGGUCCUUUAGCUGUCAGCCGUCCUGGGAAAACUUCUUCUGGUCGUUGUGCGAGAAUGAGAAACACAAGUACAAGAAGAGCUUGAUACGUUCUAUCCAGAUCGGCGUCGAUUCGACGGACUUGUACAUGUUGGCGGAGAGAGAAGAUCCCGGAUACGACGUUGAAGAGGAGAAGGUUGAGAUUGCUAGGGAAGAUCAAGGCGAGUUUCGCCGUGUUACCUUCCGUGCUUUCGAGAACCUGUCGCACCUUGAGCUUUUGCUGUCCGCUACAGAAGUUUUCGGAGAUUCAGAUGAUGAUGAUGACGAGACGGAACAUGACACUAUACCGCCACCAAAUAGCACAGAAAUCAAUGAAGCCAAAGAAAACUUCACCAGGACUAUGAGGCAGAAGCUUCCUCGUGUACGUAUUACGUACAGAGAGUUUGGAAAUACCUCAGCCAUGAAAAAGUACUUGGAAGAGCAGGAUCUUUGA